UCGCAGCAUGCAGAUCCUGUCAACAGCAUUACCGUAUGAUAUGCAUGCUCCUCUAUUUUGCAUCUUGUUGAAGCAUUCGCAGAGUACUUGCAGUCAUCAUUGAGGCUCGCCGAAAAUUGGAGAAUGCAUUUGGCACAGUUACUAUGGCCCAGGCGACUACUCAUCAUUGCACUUUUAGUUGUUGCUCGAGCGGGGGCUAUGGACAGUCACUGGGCGUUGACUCGAAGCAGCGGCAGUCUACGUCGAGGGCGUGGCGAUAUACAUAAACAUGUCUCUAUGAGAACACGUUGCAGCGUUUUAGAACGCCAGUACGUACCGUCGCCGCUGGAGAAAAUUUGGGUUGAUUCGGCAGCGAAAUGGAAAACUGAAGGCAACGGCGACGUGCACAACAUAACCCCAUACUGCAGAUUGCUAGGCGAAACAGCGCCUGCAAUUCAGAGGAUGUUGGCUCUCAUCGCUUCCCUUAUGAAGACAAAUACGUCACUAUCCAGAGAACCGGAUGCGGACGCCGUACUGUCUUACUUUACCACCAAGGUCAAGUGCGGAACACAUGAGGUCGUCCGUAAGGAGCACAUCGAGUCCCUGGUCGGUGCCCUGCGCCACCCCUUCUCCAUAAAGUGCCCCGAUAAGUUCACCUCACGGCUUCCCCCCGCAUCCAGCAUCUUUGACCUCUCGUAUGCACUACUGGCGGGCGGGGCGGACCAGAGACGACCCAUGGGUCACAACAAGUACUACCUAGACGCCGGUGCGGGUAUCGGCUACAAAGCGAACGCCAACCAGCACUGGACAAUUGAGAAUUACGCGGCGCGCGGCAUUCAGCUGGACCGUGCAUUAUAUUGGGAGGCAGCGCCGGCAACGGGCGACAUCGCGUUGGCUGACGUGCCCCCGCACCUCUUCCCCGCCUUUGCGUACUACAACAUGCGCGUUCCUCGGGACAUGUCAGACCACCGCAACAUACUCAACGUAGUCACUCGGCUGGCCAAACCCUGGGACUUCGUGUCAGUCAAGCUUGACAUUGACGCGCCAGAGGUGGAGGAUGAGUGGCUGCGUGCCAUCCUCGGCGACGGACCCACGGGUCGGCAGCGCUCCAAGUAUGCCGAACUCAUUGACGAGCUGUUCUGGGAGCAUCACUUUGACUUCAAGCCACUGCGGGAUUGCUGUUGGAAAAACACGAUUGACCGCAAGUCACAGCUAGCGGACAGCAUGCGGCUCUUCCAGCAGUUGCGGCAGCUGGGUAUUCGGGCGCACUACUGGCCGUGAGGGAGCAAGGAAGCAGCAGGGAGGCGGGUCGGGUGGGGGUGCCGUUCGGAACUGCUGCAGGGGAAGGUGGAGGAGGGAGGUGCAGGAGGCGGGCGGGCAGCGAGAACAGCAGCAGCAGCCGUAGGUGGUCUGGGCUGAUGGUUAUGCAACUGCUGAGAACACCGGUGUACCGUAGCAGGCAACACGUGGUAAGGCUAUACCGGUAUACAGCCCACCCGUGUUAAGCGAUGAGCUGAACAUGUUUCGGUACCUGCGACGCUAAUGCCACGCGCUGUAACUGUGGUGAACAUGGAGGAGAGGUGCGGGGAAGGAGCGGUGAGUGAGGAUGGGAGAGGUGGGGAAGAAGGGUAGGAGGAUGCCAGGAGAGGGAAGAUUGGGAGCCGAUGGAGUUAUCCGGUUGCGGAGGACUGGUGGUACUGGUUCAACGCCAUACAGGGGCGGUAACCGGUAUGGCCGCAGUGGUCCUUCUCGUUGACUGGUUAAGAAGUUUUUUGGCUGCAAAGUUUUUAUCCUGAACGUGCGGGGGAUGGAAACAAUAACAAUUUGUGUAAGAUGGCGUCCAUCUGUUG